UGCAAAAACACCACCGACCAAAGGAAUAUCCUCACAGACUGGCUGUCUGGGACUCAAGAAUUACAAAAACAAUCUCCACCCCAACACUGAGGAAGUGUGUGUGUAUGUGUGUGGAGCUGAACCAAAAGCAGGAAGAUGUUUGAUAACACACAGUACCCCUAUAACUGUUUUAAUUAUGAUGGGGAUGACUAUCCAACCUGUAGUUCUGAUGAAGAGAAAAAAUUCACCAGACCAGCAUACAGCUACAUCGCCUUAAUUGCAAUGGCCAUCCAGCAAAGUCCUUCAAACAAAGUAACCUUGUCAGGCAUUUAUGAUUUUAUAAUGAAGAAAUUUCCUUACUACAGAUCAAAUCAAAGAGCCUGGCAGAACUCCAUCCGACAUAACUUAUCACUGAACAGUUGUUUUGUAAAGGUUCCCAGAACAGAAGGGAAUGAGAAGGGAAAAGGAAACUAUUGGAGCUUUGCAUCUGGAUGUGAAUCCAUGCUGGACCUUUUUGAAAAUGGGAAUUACAGGCGGAGACGGAGAAGAAGGAACAUGAAAAGGGAACACACAGAGCAGAGACCAAAUGAAGGGAAAGAUCCUUCCUCCCCUGACUCAUCUUCCAUGGAUUCUGGUUUAUACAGCAUCUCCUGUCAUGAAAGGAAAUGCGAGCCAACCGAAUCUGGACCCAGACUCCUGGAGCCUCAUGGGUUCUUUCCAAACAACACCUCCAACAGACACAGUCUAAACAACUCCUCCCUAGGAAAAUCUGACUCUGAAAUUAAAUUUAGCAUCGAUUACAUUCUUUCAGCCCCAGAUCCUUUGCCUGUUCUGAGAUCUCAGUUUAAUAUGCAAAAUAAUAAAUACCAAUUCAUGGAGUCCCAAAAAUUAAAUCUCCAGCUCUGGACAAUGUGAUAUUAUUCAUACCUGGUAACAAAUUCUGUGAUACAGUCUAUACAACAGCCUGGUAUCACUGAGUAACAUCAGUUGGCUGUCUUUUUCCAUGUAGUACUCAGAAAGGGUGACGAGUAACUUGAUCAGCCAGCUGAGAAGCUAUUUAUACCACAAGAACUUAUUUUCUGAGGUUAUAGUCCAUGCAAUCAUUAUAAAAUCUAACUAGUAACACUGUUGAUGAUCUUGACAUCUUGUGCAACUGCAGUUUUAUUUUCUAAAGUAUCACUGGCAUGUAUCUGCAUUGCAUGGAUUAUCCUCUCAUUUAAAUCAACCUACUUUCAGUUUGUUUCUAUCACCUUGUACUUUAUUAGCGACAAGGGAGAUGUGACUUCACUUGCACUGGUGUAAAUCUGGCCACUAUAUAGGCCAGACCUUCUGCUGUUGUAAAUCCAGUGUGGCUCCAUGGAUCACACCAGCUGAGAAUCUAGUGGGUUUCUUUCUUAAAUUGGGUUAAGAAAACCGCUUAUUUCAUCUUGUUUAUUUAUUUAUUAUUUUUUGUUGCUACAUUCAGUAUUAUGGCUCAGAUUAUUUGGGUAGUGUGUAGCAGAGGUCAGUCACUAUGUUCUCUGAUAAAUAUGGGUAUUCAUUGCAUGAUUAUAAGAAUUUGUUGUUUCAAAUCCACAGCCAUUGGAAGUGACCUAGUAUUCCAAUUCAUUUCAUGAAAGGUAUUAUUGCAGGGUUUGCUGAACUCUGAUACACUUUGAUGGUGAAUAUGACAGAGACUAGUAGACUCACAAUAUCUUUAGUUAAAACUAUUUUCCCCUUGCUCUUUCAGAAAUUUCCUGUGAUGUAAGAAAGCCCUAGCACAUAUUUACUUAGCAUAAAGAAAGGUUCAACCCUGCAAGGAACUGUAUUCAUUGACAAAAUGUGGGACAAAAUAAGGUCUCCUUACCUGCUUUGAGACAAGUUAUACUUUCCUAUUAAGUGGAUUUUUAUUGAUUCUUCCUGCAAGCAAUCACCAAAGUGGUAUUUGAUACAAUCUCAGCAAAACUGGUGAGAUUUAUAUAAUUUAGAGACAUUGACGUUAAGAUCAUGUGCUCCAUUUAACAUUAUAGUAGCCUGAUUAUCCUAUACAGUCUAAAAGGGUAUUUUACAAAAAUUACAAGUAUGUACAAUAUGACCAACAUAUGCUUUUUUUCAAGCACAUUUUGCAUAAUUAAUUAUUUUCCAUUCCCUAACAAUGGAUUCAACAGAACCCUUAUUUGUGGCCUGACUUAACCAUGCAAACAAACAAAAAAACCAAGAUACUAGUUGGUGUUAUAGGAAAUUAUAUAAAGUAAGGACAAAAGUCUGUCUUAACAUAAAUUCAAAGGUAAAUGAAAACAGCUGAGAUGAUAAGAUUACGCAAAAUUGUGCAAAAGGUACGCUCAGACAUGACUUGAAUUUUUAUCCAGAAGCUUUGACAUUUCACUAACUUAUUUUACAUUGUUGCUAAUAUAUACUGUACAUUUAUACUAUAUAUUCUUAUAGAAAAAAGGGAGCAAUGUAACUGCACUUAAUGUUGUAAAAAUGCAUGAUGUACAUCUUCUUGGUGUUAAAAGUAUUGCUAUGUAUCUACAAUUUACCAGCAAUAGUAUUUCUCACAAAUGGGUAAUAAAUUUACUUGUUUUCAACAAUAUAACACUUGAAAUCCCUAGGCAUUUUCAUAACAAACAAAAACCCCACGAUAUUAGUAAGUGUUACAGGCAAUUAUAUAAAGUAAGGAUAAAAGUCUUUCUUAGUAUCCAAAUUCCAGGUAAACAAAGGCAAUUGAGAUAAGAUUAUACAAAACUGGGUAUAAUUACAAUUAUGUACAAUAAUAAUAUAUGACCAAUACAUAGCGAUUUUUUUCAAACACAUAGCUUGAACGCAGCUAAAUACUUCUUUAAAUGAGAAAAUGGCAAAAUAUGUAGAAGUUACAUCGCAGUACGCCAUCCAGAAAUUCAAAGACCAAAUUCUGCCUUCAGAUGGAAGCAUGUCAAUCAUUUUGAAUCAAUGGAUAUUCUGUACAGCUCUCUGAAGGCAGAUUCAUCUCUCCUUUACACUAAUGUAAAAACAGAAUAAAGCUACUGCAGCCAGUUGGCAUGGAUUCCCAUCUCCGUAAGAGAGAACAGAAUUUACUCCUGAAUAUAGGCAGGCAUGCAAAGACAUAUCUGUACUUGGAAUCUUUAUGUAUGCACUCAGUUAUGUGUGUGUGCACCUCUAUGUUUAUACAUACAUUUAUGUAUUAUUGCUUUAUAUGCAAAACUUUUUUUCUUAAUAAUUUUGAACAGGGUGACAAUGCUGUUUAAUUUGUAGUGACAGUAAAUCUAUACAGUAUAUUUGAAAUAUAUUUUUCUGCUGCUCAAUGCACAAACAUGCUUCUUGCUAUGGAUUCUUUGUUACAUGGUGACAUUUUUAAGAACAGAUCAUUAAAUUGCAGCAAAGAUUGAGCCCAAUCCUGGCUCCUACUGCAUACAAGGGGAUAUUUGUCAUUGCUUCCAAUGAAGGCAGGAUCAAACUUACUGAGUAACAUUUGGAUAAAUGUAUUGAAAAAUGCAGAGAACAGAAAUGUAAAUAUAAAGAUUUACAUUAGUGAUCUAAAGCCAUUACCAGUAAGUUGAAUUAA